AUGGCUCAAAGGGGUCAAUACAGCGACGCCGUCUUGAACGAGCUGGAGAGCCAGAAUGACUCGCAGGUCGAGGGAAUCAUGGGUAAGGUCAAGAUAUUAAAGGAGAUGACGGUCGCGAUAGGCGAUGAGAUUCGAGACUCCUCUGCACUAGCAGAGAAGAUGAACGACACUUUUGAUCAGACGCGCCUGCGGUUGCGUGGCACAAUGAACAGGAUGCUUUUGAUGGCAGAACGAACUGGCGUGGGCUGGAAAGUGUGGCUUGGCUUCUUUGCCGCCGUCUGCUUCUUGUUCAUCUACGUCUGGUUGUUCUAG